UGAAGCUUUCAGGGAUGACAAGAUGGCGGAUUCUAUUAGAGAGAGAAAAAAGUCGAAAAAACCAUCAAACACUAACUUCAAACAGCAAAGACUGAAAGCUUGGCAACCGAUUCUGACAGCAUCUACGGCACUGCCUUUGUUUUUCACAAUCGGAGUGGUGUUUAUACCUAUUGGAGCAGUUCUUUUAGUAGCAUCCGAUAAAGUGCAAGAGAAGACUGUGGAUUAUACAUAUUGUAAAGCUUCAAGUGGCAAAGGAUGUGACAAGUUCUUUGAAAAUGUCACAAACACUGGCAAGACCUGUGUCUGUAAAGUGAAGUUUAAUCUGUCCCAGGAAUUCAAAGGGGAUGUGUUUAUGUACUAUGGGCUUUCCAACUUUUAUCAGAAUCAUCGUCGCUAUGUCAGAUCAAGAGAUGACCUUCAGCUCCACGGAGACCUAGAUCAUAAAGUAUCAUCUGACUGUGAUCCUUUUGCAGAAGUCAAUGGUUCUGCCAUUGCACCGUGUGGAGCCAUUGCUAAUAGUCUGUUCAAUGAUUCUUUUAAACUGACAUACCUCAAGAGCGAAAACCAGCAGAUCAGUGUUAGUUUGUCUAAUAAAGAUAUAGCCUGGAAAUCUGACCGAGAAGUUAAAUUCAAAAAUCCAUCUGGGAACCUCAAGGAGGCUUUCAAAGGUUAUGCCAAACCACCCAACUGGCCUAGACCUGUAUAUGAAUUAGACACGAACAACACUGACAACAAUGGCUUCCAGAAUGAGGAUUUCAUUGUCUGGAUGAGGACAGCAGCGUUUUCAACUUUCCGCAAGCUCUACCGCAAAAUUGUCCACUCUGGAGAGUUUAAGAAUGGUCUGCCAAAAGGCGAAUACCAGCUUGACAUCAUGUACAAUUUUCCUGUGACUUCAUUUGAUGGCGAGAAGAGAGUGAUUUUAAGCACAACAUCAUGGAUAGGUGGGAAGAAUCCUUUCCUUGGAAUUGCCUACAUCACUGUAGGAAUUCUCUGCCUAGUUUUGGGAGCAUCCUUCUUGAUCAUUCAUCUCAAGUUUGGGAAAAGGGAUUAUACCAAUAGUGAUCGUGGAAUGCAGCUGCGAGAGAUGGGAAAUUAAACUGUUAUUGUGUAACUAGUUUUAUUUAAUGAGUAAUUUGUGCUGCUUGACAAAUUAAACACUAUGUAGUGAAAAAGUUAUGUCUUAAACCUUAAGUUAAAAAAAGAUCCAAAGGCUAAUUUAAGGACCUGUAUUUCUUUUUCGUUAAGAUUUUGUAAAUGUAUUAAUCUUUUGUCAAAUCACUGUUGAAACAAUUUUGGAAUACCUACUUUCCUAACUUCAGGACAUAAAACUAGAAGUUGGUACCUAAAUAGCCCAGGAGGCUUGGUUAUUCUCUCAGGUCCAGCCCUAAUUAGGUGUUGAACAAUUUGACUCUUAAGCACAAGAUAUGACCCCUUUUAGUUCAAAUAUGUGACAUAUACGCAGAAAAUAGAUUUUAUGGAUGCCUGAAAGCAUAACUUACUUUCAUGAAAUUUUGAUGCAUGUUUAAUUUGCAUAGCAUUUUUUUUAGCCCUACAAUGUUAAUUGCAAGAGUGCAAAUUUAUACCUUUGUCAACAGAUAGUUUGGUAGAAAGGUGCACAAUAGUAAUGUGCUAAAUUUCUUUUGUUUUAAAAUUUCAUGUUACAGUUGUCUCUAGGCAGGUACCUUGAUAAUUUAUGUUGUAAUAUUAUUGGGAACUGCUAAAAUUGUUAAUAAUUUCCAGGCAGUAUUCAAGAACUUUUGUUUUUGUAAAAAUCCUUCUUUUAAUAAUAAGUUUGAGUUUUUGUGAAUUUUUAAGGAUUCUUGAAAAAUGUGAAAAAGGCCACUCCUAACCCUAGCUUGCAAUUUCAAAAGAUGCACAACUAAAGUAUGUCUCCAUAAAAUCACAAGGUGUUGAGUUGUUUGAUAUUGCUAAAAGUGCAGUGAACAUGUUAAACUAAGCACUGACACUGUACAUUUCCACUGUACCAGCAAUUUUCCAUUCAGUGGUUAUGAGAAAAUAAUGAUUUUGCAAAAUUAAUUUAUCUUUUCCCAAUGUUUUCUCAGUGAACUGUUCUCACAUCUAAUAUUUUAGUACACUUAUUUUAGUGUAGCAAUUUGAAACUUUUGUAUAUAUCAUUAGGUGCUGGUGGGAUUUGUUCACAUUGCAUAAUGUUAAUAAUAAUAUUUAAAAGUUUGUAUGAGGUUUCUUCUAUUGAGCUUGUUCACCUUGCAUGAUUUAUUCUCAACAUUUGAAUUUAAUAGUCAGUUUAGCUAGACAUAAGUACAUAAAACAUCAUUCACUUGUCAUAAGUUAGCCAUGAUUUUUUACUCUGACAAAUUUAUUUGCUUGUCAAAUCACUGACUUUAGAGAUAGUAAAGUGAUAUGCAAGGACAGAAUUACCAUGCUACAAUAAUUGUAGUAACAGAUGAUAGGUUUUGGACCAAUUAGAGUGCACCAAAUAUUUGAAUUAUUGAAGAAAAAUAAGAAAAGUACUGAAGUUUUCAUUUUUUUAAAGCACAAAAAGUGGUUGUAGUGAUGAGGCAGACAAACCAACAAAGGAAUUAUGUGACAGAGUACUACUGUAAACUUUCAGAAUAGCAUUUGUGGCUGAUUUUUUUUCAUUAAAUCAUGUUUUGAAAUCUUAAGUACUAUGCCAAAAAUAACUGUAAGAAUUUUGCAAAAUCAGUGCUUAGGUUAUGGGUAUUUAUUUAAGGAGGAGAGCACGCUUAACUCUAUUAAAAUCCAAUUUUUUGCAAGGUGAAAAUAUGGUGUAGCAUGGUCAAGUAUGAUGCAUAUUUGUUUUAUCAUUUACGUUAAUAAAUGAUUAAAUAAAUAAAUUAAUGAACCAUGAAGUUAGUUGAAAGAACACAUUGUUAUGGCUGCAAUCAUUUAUUAAAUUCUACUUGAAAACAAAAUGAUGAGGCUUGUGAUUU